AUGAUUUUAAUGGGAUUAAAUAGUGAUUACAAUGCUAGAAUAAAUUUAAAAAUAAAAUUUAUUGUCAAAUCAAUUGUCAAAGUUAUAACUAAGCAUUUACUUUUAAUAAGUAUAUUAAAUCUAAUUAUAUCACUAUGUUACAAUUACAUUAUAAAUAGAGACAGUAAUCACCAAUUAAAUAUUGUAGCUCACCUAUUAAGAGGAACAUUUGUUAGCUCUAUACCAUCAUGCUUUACCUUAUCAUUAUUAAUAUUUUUUAAGGAACAUAGUCUAAAUAAUUACAAAUAUAAUGAAUGGAAUAUAUUAAAUGUAUUUUGUGUAAUAUUAACCUUUUAUAGUAUAUUUUAUACCAAAACUGUUUUUUCUAAGGAUUAUGGAAAUAAUAUAUAUGACAUUUUUUAUGUAGCAUCCAUAUCGUAUAUAUUACAAAAAAGGUUUAAUACGAGAAAAUCAAGUAUCCAUGAUUUUCAACAUUGUAUGAAUACGGAAACGAAAAACAUAAUUGAACUAAUUCAAAAGGGAAUAAUAUUAAAUAUAAUGCCACUUAUUUUCUCCUAUGUAUUGAGUUUUAUUGUAGAUAUUUUGAUGACAAUAAUUAAUAGUAUUAGUUUUAAUAUAAUUGUAAGCAUUUUGACACAUCCAUUUGAUGUAAUAUUAAGUCUACCUAAAAUAUACAAUUUAUCAAAUAUUUAUGUUAUUACCAAUUUUUCUUUUUGUUUCUCAAUUUUUUCUUCAAUAUGGAUAACAGCAGUUUUAGAAUAUCAUUUUAUAAUUUUUAAUUUUAUUUUCAAUAAAUAUGAUUCGAAAGUGCUUACUUCGUUAAAUAAUUUUCCAAUGCACAACCAAUGUUCAUAUCAUGAUGAAUUUUUCGUUGUUAGUUGUAUUUAUAAUUAUUUGAAGGAUAUAAGUUAUAGGAUAAAAGGAAAUAAUAUUGAAAUUACCAAUAUGGAUAAAAAAACUAAAUUAAAGUUAUUAUUAUUUAAAAAACUUAUACUUAUUAAUGCAAGCUUAAAAUAUAAAGAUGAAAUAAAUAUACUAAGUCAUUUAUGUAACCCCAUACAUACAAUAUUAUUUGAAGAUAACAAAUUUUGGAAUGCUUAUAUUGAUUCGUGUAUAUUAUGUAUAGAUGAUUUAAUUAGUCAAUUAAAAAAAUAUAUAAAUAUUUUAAAUCAUGAUCAAACUGUAUAUUCAUUUGAAGAAAAAUUAGAAAUCAAAAACGUAUUAGAAAAAAAUCGGAUAAAUAAAUUAAAGGAUACAAUCAUAUUAACUUGUAUUUAUUUAAAAGGAGUUUCACUAUGGUCAAUAGCAAUAAGUAUUAUAUGUAAGAAUGUUAUAGUAUCAGUUAUUAGGAAAUUGUCAUCAAUUAUAGUUUCCUUGUCAUAUGUUUUAUUUGACUUUUUGAACUUUAUUAAAAUAAAUGAGUUAUAUGAUCCCUUACACCACUUGCUUUAUGAAAUGAAUUCCAUUGUAGAAAUUUUUAAAUUUUAUAAAGAAGAUAUAUUAGAUAACAAAUAUCAAUAUUCCUACAACCUAUAUAAGGGUUUAUCAUAUUUGUUUAGAAACAGAUCCCUUAAUUAUUAA